CGCGUCAAAACAGCUAUCGUCAGGAUGCGUCGUAUGCGCCUGAUAGAGCCGUCCUCCAAGGGCAUCGAGGUCUCAAAGCGGAGGCUGGUGGUGGUGCAGGGCGGCGCCCCCCUGGUGGACUUCUACCACAUCUCUCUCAGCACCAAGCCCGAGUCGCCCGUGGUGAUCUCCAUCAGAGCCAACCUAGGCGCCGUGGCCGUGCGGCCAGACACAUUGCAGUUCAAACCCAACGACUACCACCAGCCGAGGCAAGUGGUCGUCCUCACCGACAGUGUCGCAUCUGCCAGCCAGAGGGGCUGCGGGGGGGCGGGGGGCGGCGGCGCCUCAGAAGAGAUCGAUCUCCUGCACUACGUCACAUCUCAGAGCGAGGAUCUGGACUCCCUCUUCUUCAAGUCGAUUGUCUAUGUGGUGGAGAGCGGCGCUGGGGCUGAUCUGCUCAAGUCCUUCGGCCAUGAUGAGUCCCACCAGCUGGGGAGAGGGGGCAAAGCCGUUCCGAAAGGGGGCGGUGUCGGCUCGCCACAGCCCGUGCGAGGGUUGCCGGUGAAGGGCGGCGUUGCGCAACUUGCAGGAGGUGUCGGCCACAGCUGUGCGGUGAUGACGGACGGCACGGUCUACGCUUGGGGGGAUGGUUCGAGGGGGCAGACGGGACUGCUGGCAAGCAAACCUCCGCCAGCUGGGUACAAAGCCGGCGGCCAAGCGCCAAAUGGAGGUGGAGAAGGGGAGGAAGAAUAUACGUUGGUGGCUCCUGCGCCGAGUCUUGUCAACGCGCUCGAGAGGGAGUUUGUGGUGCAGGUGGCAUGCGGGGCCGCACACACCCUCGUGCUCACCGUUGAGGGCAAGGUCUUCGCCUUUGGCCACGCAGCACACGGCCGCCUCGGCCUUCCCGCGUCCCGGCUGCCCCUGAUUGAGCGGCAACCGGCAGGAGACAUCCCCUUCUCACAUCCGGCAACACCACAUCGGCACUCGAAGCUCACCCUGACACUGCCUCAUGGAGCAUCAGCUGUCACAAUGACGGACCCCAGCCCAGCGUCUGCCGGCCGGCAGUCGUUUGUCCACCAGGCGUCUAUUCUGUCGGGCAUAGAUGUGCUCGGAACAGAAAGAAAAAGAUCUAUUGCGGCCCAGUCUGGUGUGGAGGAGAGGGAGAGGGGAGGCGAGAGGGGCAAGGAUGCCCUGGAUGACGUCUAUGUGUGGAAGCCGACCCUGAUUCCUGAUCUUCAUGACGUCACGCAUAUCUCAUGUGGCAAGGCCUUCUCGGCAUGCAUCGGUACAGCAAUUGAAGCAGAGAGAAAGUGAGAGGGAUACAAGCUUAUCGCGCCUGUCUCUAUUUUCACAGGGAUGAACAGAGCGCUAUACACGUGGGGCGAGGGGGCCUCAGGCGCACUCGGCACUGGCGACUGCAAAGACUACUGGACGCCACAGUGUGCCAAGGGACCAAAGAGAGGAUUUCUGCAGGUGGCCUGCGGCCGCUUUCAUUUGGUGGCUCUGAGUGUUUCGGGAGAGGUAUACUCAACUGGCGCCGCUGAGGAGGGUCGCCUGGGCCUGGGCGACGUCAAACAGCGCAGAAUGCUUACCAAGUGACGGUCACACACACACUCACACAGAGGGAGACCUCUGUGUGCACACCAGCACGUGUGUGUCCAGGGUGUGGCGGAUCCCCCUGUGUCGGCUGAUAGCGUCCGGUGGUGCCCACAGCGGAGCGAUAGACGAGGAGCUGAAUGUGUGGGUGUGGGGCAGCAACAACUGCGGACAGCUCGGCGUGAGCGACAAGUGCGACCACCCCAACAUUCACAAUCAGUGCGUGCCCAGGAAGCUGGAGUUCUUCAAAGUAAGUUUAUGCCAAGGAGAAAGAGGCACUAGCUCUAUGCCAAGGAGAAAGAGGCACCGGCUCAAUCCCAUACGUGUGUCUCAGGGCAAGGGCGUGUGCUCCCUCUCGUUCGGUGCCUCACACAGCUGUGCCCUGACGUUGUUCGGUCUGCUGUACACCUGGGGCAGCCACGAGUGGGGGCAACUGGGCCAUCCAUUCAGACCUGACAGACCAGAGAACCAGGUUAAAAGAGAUGCACGGACAGCAGCUGAUUGACUCUUUCAUGUCCUGUCUCAUUUCAUGUAGGUCCAGCCUCAGCUUGUUGAGGACUUGCUGCUCCAGCCGGUCGUGCAGGUGGCUGCCUGCGAGUCACACACAUUUGUCGCAUCGGCAUUCGUCCACACCAAUAUCAACAAGCCGAAAUUCGACGUACGCUGACAUCUAAAGGUUGCUGCGACAUUGAGUACCGUUCCACCUCUUUGUAUGGAUAGGCGUGGAAGGCAAAGGUCCGGGCGGCUGAUGAGGCGCACCGACGUUCUGCGGAUGUGGACUUCCGUGACUUGCUCGAGGACGAAAGGAGACAUGAGGUAAUAACGGCGCGCAGUGCUAUUGAACCCCAAUCAUGCCUUCUUUUGGUCGCUUUGCCUGCUAGGCCAAGAUCGCGUCGAUCCGCUUCUCAACCAAGUACGACAGAUGGCUGCGAGGCAAGGAGACCUUCAGACAAAGGUGAGCGGGAGUCGCUCCCACGUCAAGCACUUGAAUGGCACACUCUCAUUUCCACUGCAGGCAGCGCAUGCGUCAGGAUGCCGCGCGCGAGAUGAAGGAGCAGGACGCAGAGAAGGCCGCCUCGCCCCCAUCUUCCGCCCUGCCCCGUCCCCUCCGCGCAUUGCUGCCUCCCCCGUCUCGCGAAUCGGCCGGCUCUUACGGAGGGGUGAGGGCCAUACUGCAGGAGCUCAAGCCGCCGCACUUCAAGGUUCCCGCCCCACUUGCACUUUCGCUGCGUCCGUUUUGGGAUCUCACCGACGAGCCCGAUGCAUCCAUCCUCAUGGAUGCCGGCGUCAAGGGCAUGCACGAGAUGCCUCCGUCGGCCUCUGCGUCCUCUCAUCCCGUGUCGCGAGGCCGCUUCCCGCCGUCAAGCAGCGGCAGAGCCCCUGACGUGACAGAAGACGAGAGCACGGAACAGGGCAAGCACAAGAGGAGAGAAUGCGCUUUGGUUUGGUCUGUGUCACAUUCAUUUGGUGCAUUGAUAUUCAGGCGCCGGCUCGAAAACGGAUGAAGGCUCUGCGCCCGAUGACUUUGAAGGCGACAUGCUCAGAGAUGCCUUUGGUGGUGAGCUGCCCACCAUCCCUCGCUGUCGUAUCAGGGGCGGCAGGCCUGUGGGCCCACAGGGCGGCCUCGAGGAGGCGACCGCUGGCCGUGAGGUGACUUUGUUCGACAUGCCGCAGAAAAGCUCCUACAGCACUCUUCUCGUCGGUUUCAUGAGGCCGUCAGAAGUCGUGAGGGUCAGCAGAGAAAAGUAGCCACACAUGUCUCCAUCGAGAGGUCGUCUUUGCCACUGCAGGCGUCUGCCGCUGGGUUUCACUUGUCGAAUCUGAGCUCGGUGCUGGCACCUCCGAGGCGGGCAAGCCACCAUGCCCAUCAUCAGCUGUCUCAGCUGCAGACACUAGAGGUAACCACACGAAAAGGAGCGAGCGACUUGUGGUGACCACACACCUCGAUGUUGUCUGUCUGUUUCAGUUGUACAAUAUCCCGCCCGCAUUGAUGUCCGGCCCUGAUAAUGUCAUGCGAGUCGAUGACCGGCGCAAAGGGGACGUGAAGCGGCCGUCGACACAGAUCACAAAGCUGGCUGUGCCCACAGGAGAGAACGCCCUAUCCACAACUGAAUCUGCCGCUUCUUCUGCGGCUUCCUCGGCGGAGAGGUACGCCGAUGAUGGUCCUGGUCUGUGGAGGGACGACGAGGAAAAAGACCUGUGGGCACUGCAGUGCAAGACACCAUACGUGUCGUUCUUCGGGCAAGCUUUUGACUCCUAUGAGGGGGCGGGGCCGUGGUGAUGGA